CUCUCGCGGGCGGCGGCGGGAGGCUGGUUCCCCGGCUGCGGGGCGCGUCAGAGGCGGCCACCUGCUCGAAGCCUGCAACGUGGCUCUGGCGCUUCCCGGGUUCUUGCCCCGCGGCCCCUUCGCGGAGGGCCUGGGAAAGCGCCCGGGAGGCUUCGGGGGGGGGGGGCUGGGCGGCAUUCGGGACCCUGCGGGGCUGGCAGCUGGGGAGCCUUUCCGAGCCGCCAAGCGGAGCCGGAGCCGGAGCCGGAGCCGCACUUCUGCGGCUGAGCCGGAGCUGCUUGUCAAGACCCGCGGAGCCCAGGGUCCACGUUGCGGGGGUGGGGGGGCUGCCUCUAUACCCUCCCCCCGCCCGAGCCAAUCUGAGCCGUUUCUGCUGCUCCUCCUGCCCGUCUCGGGCUUUUCCCCUUUAGUGACAGACGGGCCGGAACGGGGCAGCAGAGAGUGGGGAAGGCUGCAUCUGGCAAGGGUCCCUGCUCUGGUCCUCAGGUGGGGCCGCCCCUUCUCAGUUUAAGGAGGUUAAGCAGCUCUGCUCCCCAGAAGUCUGCAGGCAGAUCCAGGGCUCCCCCUGCAGCCUCUUCCUUCCUUGGGCAGCCUUUUGCCUGGAAGGGGGAGCAUCGGGCUGGGUAAAACCCCCAUUCCUCGGGCUACUUUGUGAAGGCGAAGGGCGGCAUAGCAGCAUUUUGGCAGCUUCUCAGCAGCUGCACCCAUGGUUAUAAUUGCCACCUGCAGCCCCGGGUGUGGGUGUGGGUAUGUGUGCAUCAACUCUUGGCUUCUUUAGAAUAACUACAAUUCUAUGAAAAAUCAUUCAGGCCCUUCUAGAUUUUUCUGAACUUAGAUAAUGUUCUUGGAGUUUCAUGUGCAGAAAGAGAGAUGAGAAUCUGAAUAAGCAGCUAGCAACAAACACAGAACAUAGAAUCGUAGGGCUGGAAGGGACCUUGGAGGUCUUCUAGUCCAACCCUUUACUCAAGGCAGGAGAUUUUAUAUCAUCUCGGUCAAGUCCAAUUUCAUGUUGAAAACCUCCAGUGACGGAGCACCCACAACUCCAGGAGGCCAGCUCUUCCACUGAUUACUUGUCCUCACUGUCAGAACAUUUCUCCUUACUUCUAGGUUGGAUCUCAUUUUAACAACCCUCCACCCAAUGUCUACUGCCCCCUUGUGCUUUGGAGAAUAAGUCAAUCUCUGUGACAGUCCUUCAAGUACUGGAGGGCAGUUAUCAUACCCGCCCUCCCCAGUUCUUUUCAAUAGGCCUGACAUACUUAGCUCUUUCCACUGUUCAUCAUACGGCUUUCGCCUCAAGUCCUUAUCAUGUUGCUGUACUUCUCUGCGCACUUUCCAGGGUCUCAGCAUCUUGUUUGUACUUUGGUGACCAGACGCGGAGGGAAAGGGGACCCUGAUAUCAACUGGGAGACUAAUUUUGCAGCUAGUGGGAGAUCAAAGAUGGCCAUGGCCCACCUGAGGUGUCUGUGCCAAGCAGCAGCAGCGGCUCGACAGUUACCCCACUCUGGACGAAGGCUCCGGUUCUUCACUAGCGGUGCUGGCCUGACUACGGAGAAGAAUGUCCCGUACCAGAAGACGCUGAAGGAAAAGGGCCUCUCCUCCCCUGAAGGGCCUACAAAGCCCCUUCCUGCCUCCGCAGAUGUGGUGGUGGUGGGCGGGGGCAGCCUCGGAUGCCAGACAAUCUACCACCUUGCCAAGAUGGGCAUGACCAACGUGGUCUUGCUCGAAAGGGAUCGUUUGACCUCAGGGACCACCUGGCAUACCGCAGGACUCUUGUGGCAGUUGCGCCCGAGUGAUGUGGAGGUGGAGCUCUUGACUCACACCCGCAAUGUGGUCAGCUGGCAGCUGGAGGAAGAGACGGGCCUUCACACGGGCUGGAUCCAAAAUGGAGGACUCUUCAUUGCUUCCAACAAGCAGAGAUUGGAUGAGUACAAGAGGCUCAUGUCACUGGGCAAAGUUUUCGGCAUUGAAUCGCACGUCCUGUCUCCGGAGGAAACCAAGGAGCUCUACCCCUUGAUGAAUGUGGAUGACCUCUAUGGAACCCUCUACGUCCCGGAGGAUGGCACAAUGGAUCCUGCUGGGACCUGCACCUGCCUCACUCGGGCAGCCAGCAACCGAGGGGCUCUGAUCAUUGAAAACUGUCCCGUGACUGGCAUUGAAGUCAGGACAGAUGACUUUGGGGUCCCACGGGUGGCAGCUGUGCUGACGAAACAAGGAGCCAUCCAGACGUCCUGUGUGGUCAACUGCUGUGGUGUGUGGGCCCAAGCCCUGGGGGAAAUGGCUGGCGUCCAGGUGCCCCUGGUGGCCAUGCACCAUGCCUAUGUGGUGACAGAGAAGAUCGAGGGAAUCCAGAACAUGCCAAAUGUUCGAGACCACGAUGCCUCCGUGUAUUUGCGUCUCCAAGGUGAUGCCCUUUCUGUGGGUGGCUAUGAGUCAAACCCCAUCUUUUGUGAGGAGGUGUUGGACGAUUUUGCUUUUGGUCUCUUCAAUCUGGACUGGGAUGUAUUUACACAGCAUAUUGACGGUGCCAUCAACCGAGUCCCAGCCCUGGAGCAAACUGGAAUUAAAUCAACUGUCUGUGGACCAGAAUCCUUCACUGCAGAUCAUAAACCUCUCCUAGGGGAAGCUCCAGAAGUCCGUGGCUUUUUCCUGGGAUGUGGCUUCAACAGUGCCGGAAUGAUGCUUGGAGGAGGCUGUGGGAAGGAACUGGCCCACUGGAUUGUCCACGGACAUCCGGAGAAGGACAUGUUCAGCUAUGACAUUAGGAGGUUUCACCGCUUCCUCACGGGCAACAGCCGCUGGAUCCGAGAGAGGAGCCAUGAGUCCUACGCCAAGAACUACUCCAUCGUGUUCCCCUACGACGAGCCACUGGCUGGGCGUAACUUGAGGAAGGACCCUCUGUAUGAGGAGCUGCUGCGUCAGGGCUGCGUCUUCCAGGAGCGACACGGGUGGGAGAGGCCAGGCUGGUUCAACCCAGAGGGCAAAGCGCCGGUGCUGGACUACAACUAUUACGGGGCUUAUGGCCACCUGUCCUGUGAGGACGACGCCUACCGCCGGCUGCUCUCUAAGGAGUACACCUUCGACUUCCCUCCUCAUCAUAGCACUAUCAGGAAGGAAUGCCUGAGCUGCCGAAAUGCUCUCGCUGUCUUUGACAUGUCUUACUUUGGCAAAUUCUACCUGGUGGGUCCGGAUGCCAGGAAGGCAGCUGACUGGCUCUUCACGGCUGAUGUUCGCAAGCCCCCAGGAACCACCGUUUACACCUGCAUGCUGAACAAAGACGGGGGAGUGGAAAGUGAUUUGACGGUUAGUCCGAUCGACCCGGGGCCCCCAGACUCAGCCCUGGCACCUGACUUUGAAGGGGAUGGCUACUACCUGGCUAUUGGGGGCGCUGCUGCCCAGUACAACUGGUCACACAUUGGGACGGUGCUGCAAGAGAAGCACUUUCAGUGCCAGUUGAUUGACCGGUCGGAAGAGCUGGGCAUGAUCAGCAUUCAAGGCCCUGCCAGCCGGACCGCCCUACAGGAAGUUCUCGAUGUGGACCUGAGCAACGAGGCCUUCCCAUUCUCCACCCACCAGCUGGCCAAGGCUGCUGGCUGUACGGUGCGGGUCAUGAGGCUGUCCUUCGUGGGCGAGAUGGGCUGGGAGCUGCACGUGCCUCGGGAGCACUGCCUGAGAGUCUACCGGGCUGUCAUGGAAGCCGGGGCCAAGCAUGGCAUUGCCAACGCCGGAUACAGAGCCAUCGACUCCCUCAGCAUCGAGAAAGGUUAUCGGCACUGGCACGCAGAUCUACGCUCAGACGACAGUCCCCUGGAAGCCGGCCUGGCCUUCACCUGCAAGCUGAAGUCGGAGGUGGCUUUCCUGGGACGGGAGGCAGUUGAGGCCCAGAGAGGUGCUGGUCUUUUCCGUCGCCUGGCCUGUUUCACCAUCGACGAGAAAGUUCCCCUCUUUGGCUUGGAGGCCAUUUGGCGCAACAACCAGGUGGUGGGGCACAUCCGAAGGGCGGACUUUGGCCACGCUAUCAACAAAACGAUUGCCUACGGCUACAUCCGAGAUCCUGAAGGAGGGCCGGUCUCCCUCGAGUUUAUAAAAAACGGCGACUACAUUUUGGAGAGGAUGGGAGUUCCCUUUCCAGCCAAAGUCCACACCAAAUCGCCUUUUGAUCCAGAGAACAAGAGAGUCAAGGGGAUCUACUGAAGAUGGAGCCAGCGCACCGGAAUAGGAGAGGACAGUUAAAUGAAAUGGAACCUGGGAAGUUCAAGGUAACGUUCGUGGCUCAAUGGACUCCAUGCCCACCUCAAGAAAAGUCCUGAUGGGACUUUUGUGAUGGGAAAAGGGUAUUUCUUCUUUCGGACAGUAAGCCAGGAAGGCCGGCUGUGCGUCUCCAACAUGCUCCCAAAGAUGGAGAGUUUUUUUUAACCAUCUUGAAGGCUGCCUCCCACAUUGAUUCCAUAAACGGCCUGGCUUAGCUAGUAUCCCAUUCAGAUUGUCCCCAUUUUGGGCCACUUGGUCCUUCUGACAUAAUUAUAAUAAAAAGGACAAUCGUAUCACAUUUUUAAAAUUCAAACUGAUUGUUAGCAUCUAGCUUUAAAUAAAAUAAAUAUUUCCCAAAAUAAUGUCUUUUCUUUGCUAUAUUGUCCUAAGUGGAGCAUAACUUAGCUUUUUUCAGAGUCCGUAUUGGCACUUUCCUGAAGCAUCUCAUCAAAAGUAAGUUUUCUUUUCAGCCCAGCUCACUUGUCCACUUCAUGGUAGGUUCCUUGACAAGAAGAUGACACAGUUUGUUGUUCCCUCUUUGGGGCUGUUGGUAUUUCCUGGGGUCUUCCUCCCUAGUGCCUGAACGGGCCAAGAGAAGGUCAGCCUCCACCUUCAAAACUUCUGACUGAAGCAGGAUAGUUUUGCUGAUCUGAACCUUUUCCAAAAUCCACCCGUAUCUUAUUCCCUGCAAAUGCUUCAGUAACUUUCCCUGACAAAGAGGGAAAGUAGAAGGUAUUUUAUGGGUCAGACCCACAAAACACAGCCAACAAAGUUUGCUUUUCUAUUCUGAUUCUUGCCCUUCCACCCUGCCUUGCAUUUCGGGGUAUGUGUGUCCUCUUUGGGCCCAGCUAAUUCCAAGGGAAGACAUGAGCCCAUGAAGGCCAGUGGGGAAGCGGCCCACCUUGUGGAAACAGGAAACAUUUGAGUUUCAGUUUUUCCCAGUCAAAAGACAUUUAAAUACGUUCUUCUUUUUAAAAAAAGAAGAGUUCAAUUGGGAAAAUUGAUAUGUCUAAAACAGGGGUGUCCAAC